GGGGCCGGGGCCGUGAGGGGGAGGCAAGAUGGCGGUGCAGGCCGUGCACCUGGAGGCGGACGCGUUCCUGGUGUGCCUGAACCACGCGCUCAGCACCGAGAAGGAGGAGGUCAUGGGGCUCUGCAUCGGCGAGGUGGACACCAGCAGGAUCGUCCACAUCCACUCGGUGAUCAUCCUGCGCCGCUCCGACAAGAGGAAGGACCGCGUGGAGAUCUCCCCGGAGCAGCUCUCGGCUGCCUCCACCGAGGCAGAGAGGUUGGCUGAAAUGACAGGACGUCCCAUGAGGGUGGUGGGCUGGUACCACUCCCACCCCCACAUCACUGUCUGGCCCUCACACGUGGAUGUCCGUACACAGGCCAUGUAUCAGAUGAUGGACCAAGGCUUUGUAGGGCUCAUCUUCUCCUGCUUCAUCGAGGACAAGAACACCAAGACAGGCAGGAUUCUCUAUACCUGUUUCCAGUCAAUUCAGGCCCAGAAGAGCUCAGAGUAUGAAAGGAUCGAAAUUCCUAUUCAUGUCGUCCCCCACGAAACCAUUGGGAAAGUGUGUCUGGAAUCGGCUGUGGAGCUGCCCAAGAUCCUUUGCCAGGAAGAGCAGGAUGCCUACAGGAGGAUUCACAGCCUCACCCAUCUGGACUCCGUAACCAAGAUCCAUAAUGGCUCAGUGUUCACAAAGAACCUCUGCAGCCAGAUGUCAGCCAUCAGCGGGCCCCUCCUGCAGUGGCUGGAGGACAGGCUGGAGCAGAACAAACAGCGGGUGCAAGAGCUGCAGCAGGAGAAGGAGCAGCUCCUGGAGGAACUUGCUGCUUUAGAGUGAGCAGGAAAUGCAGACCCUUCAGAAAAGAGACAUGGAAAAAAAAAAAUCUACACCCCCUCCUCCAGGCUGAAGGGUGGCCCUGCAUUGCCUUACAGUGAAGGCUGUGCCUCUUCUCCUGCAGCACAGAGGAUGUCUCAUCAUCUCCAGGAUGAGGACUUUGUCUCCAAGAGCAAAGCCAGGGCUGUGUCUGCAGGUGCUGCCAUGGUGGGGCUGGGCAGCACCUGAAGAGACUCCUGUUCUGGAGGGCACACACGUAGGGAACACGUUCUUUCUCCCUCCUCUAUAUUUUGACAGAAGUUUUACUGCUUUGCAUGUAUUCCAGGAGCCUGGAACUGGAGGGUUAGAGGGGAAAAGUGUGUCCCUGCAGUCAUAUCUGAUGCUGCCAACUUCUGCCUUCUUUUAGUAGCUUCAGUUGACCGUGAUCUUAUAUCUAGUAAUGUUCUGGACCCCUGGCCAUCCACCCAGCCAGAGAAGAGGUGGGAGGGAAGCUUGGUAAGGAAGAACUGGAAGAACUUUUGACACAGGAUCUGUUCAGCAUAUGUCAAACCAAAUAAAGAAUUCCAAAGCUAGAGCUGUUUGCAGGAGAAAUGAAAUGAA